CGUAUGCAUUUUUGCAUAUAACACAGGGUGCUCUUGCUCUUGUGGUUUUUGUUUUCUAUUUUGAUCGCCAUUUCCUUCACAUUCAACUGGAACCAUCGCCACUAAGCAUUGUCGGAGCUCAUGGAAGAUUUGUUACUUAAGAAAUGUGUGCCAUGUGACAAGAAGGAUUUGAGCCCCAUGAGGGAGGAAACUGCCAAUAGGUUUAGACUCCAGGUGCCCAAAUGGGAGUUGGUAAGUGAUGAUCAUGGUGUAAUGAAGUUGCGUAGGAAAUGGAAAGUAAAAACUUUCCUUCAAGGAUUGGAGUUUUUUAAGGUUGUUGCAUACUUGGCUCAAGCAGAAGACCAUCAUCCAGAUCUGCAUCUCGUUGAUUCUCUCAACAUAACAAUCGAGUUAUGCACACAUGCUUGUGGUGGACUCACGGAGAACGAUUUCAUACUUGCUGCAAAGAUUGACAAAUUACCUCUUCAACAGUUCCUUAGGCAUAUGACUAACUUUCUUUCCUGUUAA